CGACUCUUAAAACAUGCAUUACGGUCCAUUGUCAUUUAAUUAUGAAGAUUUCGAUGGAAAUCUACCAACAUUUUUGUUGAACCCAUAUUCAUGGACAAAGGUUGCUAGCAUAAUAUUUUUAGAUGCUCCCGUUGGCUCGGGAUUCUCAUAUGCAACAAGCUCCCAAGGUUACAAUAUCACAGAUCUAACAUCUGCAGCACAAACCUAUGAAUUCUUGAGGAAGUGGUUAAAGGAUAUUCACCCAGAAUUCAUGUCGAAUGUGCUAUACGUUGGUGGUGAUUCAUAUUCCGGCAUCAUCGUUCCGAUUAUUGUUCAAGAAAUACAUAAUGGUAAUUUAUGAGCGAGUGCUACUACUCUUCACAUCCACUAACAUAACAUGUUUUAAAUGGUUUUCUUUUCUUUCUUCUAUACAUGUAAAAAAUCACUUAAAAUUCAUCACAUUAUUUGAUAGCAUUACUCUUUUCUAAGGUGGUUCCCUUUUAAAUUUCAA